AGCUAUUUUAUUUCGACUGCGGCUUCCGCUCAACUCACCAGAAUCAUGGAAGGAGAAACCGUAACAGAGACUGGGCCUCAGUUUGAUGCAUUCGAGCACCCCAAGGAAUUGGAAUUGCAAGUAGAAGAAGAAGGAGAUAACACUAAUGUCAACACUAAAGAGGCUGACAAUGAAGAAGAAGAGGAGGACGAAGAAGAGGAAGAAGAAGAAGAUGGAAACGGGGAGUAUAAAUUCCGAUUCGGAGCAGAAAUGGAUCCAUUGGCAUUCACUGAAGACGAUGCUUCUGGACUCCAGCCGUACCAACAAUUUGAGCGUCUCGAGCACCAAUAUGAAGCUUUGGCUGCCAAAAAGCGCAAAGCUCGUGCCCUUCUUCCACAUACCAGUGAGGUCCCAUCGAAGAAACUUAGGCUAGAAGACAGUCAAGUGGAUGGUCCUGGAGCAAGUUUUGACGAAAUAUUGGAAGCUAUGAAUUUUGGGAUGAGGAAAAGAUCAAGGAAG